AGGACUCUCCUAGAAAUUUGAUAGUGAACGCUAAGAAGGAACUUGUCACCUUAGUUGUUGUCGAAAAGAAAGGAAACAGAGACUCCUACUUGUAGUAGUUUUUGUCGCAUUUACUAUAAAUUUGUGUGUCUAACAGAACACAAAGAAAACAUCCAAGAUGGUAGUCGCAACUUCCCCCGUGGCCGCCGCGGGCGAGAGCAACGAGCAGAUUCUGCGUAUCGGCAAGGGCAAGAACACGGGAUUCUGGGCCACCACGGUUACCAACUUUCUCCACGGGCCGAGUAAACCCGCAAAAGAGGGUGAGGAGGAAAAGAAGAAGGAAAUUUUCGAGGAAGUGAAAAUCUCUGCGCUCGGCGCCGCGAUCCCCAUGGCGGCGGCUGUGGUCGACAUGUGCGAGAAGCGGAAGGUGGGCACACAAGUGAAGGUGGAGACCCACUACACCGGGUUGGAGAAAGCCCACAAGCCGCAGAUAUUGGUGACGUUAAAAAGGAAUCCGGAAUACGUGCCGCCACCUCCGAAACCAAAGGGAGCCAAGGUGGUGGUGCCGCCCAUGCCGGAAAGGUUGAGUGAGGAAAAGUUGGAGAAGAAAAUGAAAAAAGUGUUGAAGGAAGGAGGUAUUUAUAUAUCAUUAUGCGCAUAUAUAGGGAGGAUUUUUUUUUUCUUGAUGGACAGGAUGUAGAUGCGAAAAGACAAAAAGCGGCCGUCGCAGCUAGAAGUAGUGUGAUGCUGCUUCAUUCUACUGUGCGCCCCGGUUCUUGUUGUUGUUCCUCUUCUCGCGUCGUCUCUCCAACUACAGCUUCGAUAAUUAAUAGAAAAGUUUCGAAAAUCAAAAUUUCGACAAAUUUGUUCUGUAACUGUAUCAACAGGAAAGCGCGGCGUCGAAAUUGAAGGAGCUGCAGACAUGGGUGGACUGAAAUACUUUUGCACGAAAGUCGAGGAGCCAGCAGGCGACUUGGAUAUGCUGGUGAGUUGCUUUUUUCCAAGACCAAGACUAUGAUCGAAAUUAUCGAUGAGCUUAAAAUCAAAAUGUCAGGCGCCAUGCUAGUGUGAUGACGACCACCUUUCGUGUGGUCUGAAGGAUGAGUCUAUCUGUUUCAUCAUAAUCUAUCAGGUCGAGUCGGUCAAGGCUAUGAACGCAAAGUGCGACCCGUCCGAGGAAGAGCGCAAGGGCGGCAGCGGAGCCAUUGGCAAGACAGUAAUGUCCAUGGCCGAGGGCGGUGCACUGUGCAUCGUCUGCUACGUGCCAGCUGCCGAGCUCGCAAAUAACGACGCAAAGGACUGGUAUUUAGGUUACGUUUGGGUUUUUACAGAUUCAUUUGAGUAUGAUCACUUUUCCUGAUCAUCCUGAUCCAGGAGCGCGGGCUCAUGACUGCUCCUGACAACUGGAAUUAUUAUCACACCGCGACCUACAACUCCCUCUACAUCUAUCAGGUUGAAGAAGAUCCUGUUUUUCUGCGACGUCCCUUCCGUCGAGCUCCGCGAAGACUCCACGGCCCAUUAUGCUAUGGUCAGCGUGAAGGAGGACGGAGAGAAGGGUAUUUUCCCCAUCAAAAUGCGGGAUUACGUCAUUCAGAACGCGAAUAAGUACCUGCGGGAAAAGGGUUUGAUCCCGGAAGUGGACGACGAUUCCGAAGUACCAAGUGCAAAAAUGUCUGGGUCUGGAAGAAUGUGAAUGCAACUUGUGACGCUACAUUUGGAUUCCAAAAAAAUCUGUCUUGCAUGAGUAGCAAAGGGAAUGCAAUUUUUGCUACGCUGAGAAGUCAUUUGUCAUGCGGAAUAGGCAUCAAGAAGCCCUCAAAAAAUCUGUAUUGCUAGGGUAUGCAUCACAGACAUCAUGGCUCAUGCAAAACGUGCGCGACAAGUGUCAGAAUCUUCCAGACCCAGACAUUUUUACAGUUGAUACGAGGAGGAAAUGGUGUUCGGGGAUGACGACUUUCCGUAAAAAGGUGAAGUGAUAUCAAAUGCAAAAAUGUCAUCUGGGUCUGGAAGAGUGCAUGUUUGUCAUGCUUGUCUGGCAUGACUUCUAAAUCUGUCAUGCGCGUUAGGUUACCCAAGACAGAGCCCCACUUUGCUGUCAUGCAGAAACACAGUUUGUCAGGCAGAAUAGGCAGCACCUAGAAGCUCAAAAGCUUGGCAUGCUGAGCCAGCACUUGUGGCCUCUUCAUGAUACGCCACCCAGCAUCACAAGUUUCCAGACCCAGACACUUUCGCAAUCCAUAAGUGAGAUGGCGGGACACAUGAGCGUGGAGGCCACUCACCUCGUAGUUGAGUCCUGCUCGUCCAGCCUAACAGAUGAAAUGUACAAGUACAUCAUAUUUUGAUCACAACUGUUGUUCCGAAAGGAAAUGCUUUUUUAAUAUACUGAAAUCGAGCCUGUACUAGUUCUAGAUCUAGUUGCAUAUGAUUUUCACAAUACUUACAUCAUCAGCAUCAAAUUCAUUUCCAAGAGUUUUCACGAGGUUGCCAGAUUCAGAAAUUCGACGACACCAUCGUCGAUUUGUCGAUUUGGCACAGCAGUAUUUUUUGUUGAUAUGAUAAUAUCCACUGCGCGCGGCUAGGGCUACUCGUUUGUAACAAAAGAAGUCAUACGUUUUUUAUAGGUGGUCGUCCGUUUUCGCUCCGUGUACGAGGGCCAGCGUAAUUGAUGCAGUAGUUUGCUCGUACGUCAGUACAUCGCAUCAAAACGCCAGUUGUAGUUUUAUUGGGUUCGCAACCAAUGGAAAUGGACACUGAAACUGAUGCAUGAUCAUGAAAGAAUUGUCGUCCUCCACCCCGACGCACGGGCUCUGAGGGCACAGCUCACCAUUUCGGGUGCAGUUUUCUGGCUACGAAGAUCUGUGGCUUUGUACCCGCCCAAUGAAG